UUACAAUGGAUCAUUUUGAGAGAGACUACAAUGAUAAGCAGUUUGAGGCCAGGAAAAAGGAUCUGCUGGAACAGUUUCCAUUUGAAGUUGUCAUCAAAUACAUGGUCAGUCCUCUACAGCUGAAGCUCCAGACUUCCAACACAACUCAGCUCACUGACACAGAACUAAAUGAAUAUAUAUGCAGCCUAGGCAAAAUACACCAGCUGUUGCUGUCAUUGAAGGGAGUCACAUCAACCCAGAUGUUUCAUUCAGGCAGUACUGGCUUUGGUAUCUUUGAGGAGACUUUGUUAAAUCUUGUCAGAGAUGUUUGUUUUCCUAUGCUUUACUCACUUCAUUUGCUUCCUGAGUCUGACAAAAGUAACUCAGAGAAAGGGAGAGCUCUGGCUCUGAUUUGUAAUGUGAUACUUGCUAGCACAGAACAUUUUGAUGGUCGUGUGUUGAUGGUUGUAUUGACCCAACUGUUUAUGCCCCUGCUCGCUAACUGCGGUAUAGAGCCCAAUGGAUGUUUAUUAUACUCAUAUCGUGAUGACGCCUAUCAUCGUUUCUUGAGUGAACCGCUGAAUAACUUUCUAAGCCUUGAAAUUUUAGGAUCUUUACUGAACCAUGAGCACCUGUUUAGAGAUUACCUGAAUCUGAUUGGUCAGAUCUCCUGCAAUGUUAACAAUGACAUCUCUCACAUUUUUAAAGCAGUCACUUCUGCUAGCACAGACGACGCAGCUUUUUCUAAAGCGUUCACUGUAACAGCCAAACUGUUUCCUCACAUCCCCCAGCCCCUGAGGAGAGACUGCGAAGCUGAGCUGUGGCAGCAGUACACAAGGCCUCUACACCUGACCAGUGAUGGGGAAGUAGAUAAGGAAUCUUUAUGGAAGUCUUUGUUUGUCUUCUACUGCCUCAAGAAUUACUUCUUCCCUCUUGAAGAGUCCAAGAAAUCAGAACUGUCCUCAAGGCUUUGUUCUGACAACUUCUGGCGUAUCCUGCAAGCAGGGUUGGUGUCUGCGGAUCCAUCCCAUAGAAAAAUUUCCAUGUACCUGCUCAAGAGGCUGGUAGACACCUGCAAUAAGAACUCAUGCGAGUUUGGCGCCAGUGCUGCUGAUGUAACUAAGCGCAGCAAGGAAAACUUCCUCACAGAGGACCUGACAGUUCCAGCUGGGGAUAGCCAGGCUCCAUUGUUCUGGUGGUCCUUAUCAUCCACCAAACAGCUGACAGCAGUGUGGGAAAACUUUUUUCUCCUCAUAGAAACCUUGGAAGAGAAACAAGUCCAUGUGAUCAAGCCAAUACUACCCAGGAUGCAGAAACUUGUUGAUGCUACUACUGUAUCUGUUGAGGGCGUGUCAUUGCUACACUCGUCAUGGUUGAUUACUAUAAUAACGAGAUGCUUCCAUCAUGAUAGCCACUACAUGUCACGCUGGGGGGCGUUGACACUCCUUAGUUUGGACUUGUUGAAGGUGCCACUCAUCUCACAUAAACAGCUGAAGUUUCUUUCUAAUGACCUUCUGAUGUAUCUUCAAGAGAACAAGCUUUAUAGCAGGUAUGAGGGAACAGAGCUUGGAAAAUCUUCUCCCAUUGGUGAAGCCCUGAGGAGUUUUUUUGCUAAUCUUUUUUGUGCUUUGUCUAAAGAGCAAAAAGUUGAAUACCUGCGUAACUUGCUGCAGAUAGUGUGUGACAACAGCUGGGGCUCUAUACCUUUAGUGUUUGUGUUUCAAGGUUUAGCACACAUCCCACCUGAGCCAGUCCUCAACCACCAACUGCUACAGCUAGUCAGACAACUUCUGCAGUCCUGCUUUGCAUUCCAUGAAAUGGUGACAAGGGGAGCAAUCCAGUGUUUUAUCUGUCAGUUUUUGAUCAACCUUGUAGAUUUGGAAGAAACAGGCCUUAGUGAGUUUUUUUCUACACUGUCUCCACUUUAUCGUGAGGAGAGUCUACAAAGGGGCACUACUCUAUGGAACUCUGUUGUUGAUUGGUUGAACUCCACAGCUGUGAAGGAGAAAUGGAGUGAAAAUGAAGUGCUGAGUCUGUCUAAACAAUACCUGCAGGAAGACAAAGAAGGAGAAAAUGGGACCCUGGUUGUGGAAGGCUAUAAGGUUGUCAGCCUGGCCAGGAUGCUGCUACUGUUUGCUGAUGCCACAGAGAGGAACACAGAGGCUACAGCAGAGGGUGGGCUCAUGAAGAUCCUGCUGGGGACACCUCUAGGCCUCAUCAUGGGAGAAGUGUCUGACACUGUUACAGAUAUCAGGAGCAGGGCGUACAUCAACACUGGCAAAGUUGACAAGAGCCUUUGUUUACUGUACAGUCUUGUCUUGGAGGCAGGAAAACUGCAAGACAAAAUGGUGGAUUCUCUUCUGAAGAAAUAUUUGGCAGUGCCUUUUAAAGAUGUUUCUUACUAUAUCAGGAAUAGGCUGUCCAAUGACCUCUUGAGGGCUGAUGACAUAGGGGAAAUAGAGUUUUACACCGCUGUGCUUGUUUGUUUAGGCCGGUUCAGUGACAGCGUCCAUGCUGAGCUGCUUGACCUGCUGGCAUUUGUUGGGAAAGUUUUCUCCCUUUCUGUCCAGCCAAAUGCUCAUACUCAGCACCAGGUUGAUAUCCUCAACAUGUCAGCCAUGAAAACUCUGGCCGCUGUCCUGGAAAUACUCGACACUUACUCGCAAAGUGACAGCAAAUGUGUGGCUGAAAUAGUGCAAAAGAUGGUCUUACUGCCAAGACUCUCGCAAAUACCUUUACCUUUUACUAAAAAAAACUGCAGCCAGGAGAAUGUCUCCAACGCCCAGGUGGGCAGUAUUGUCAGCAGUUUCAUCUCCAGCAAGUGGGAGUGCCAGAAGUUCAUGUUCAGACAGGCUGCUGGGGGGAGUCUCAAGUUUGAUAUGGUUGAGGCCCUUGACCAGGCCAUGGAGGACUUGGGCCUAGGUUCUGGCAGCUCUGAUGUUGCAGUUUUCCAAGCUCUAGAAGUUGUCAUGACAGAGCUCCUAUCAGUAGCAGAUCCCAAUAAUGUAGUGAAACUGAUGGAGCUGAGUUGGUGCAAUGUGCUUGAGGAGAAGAAGAAUGUGUUGUUCUGGAGAAAGUUGAGAGCUCUUCUGCCUUUAUUUCUGCAUCAGGCAGUUUUAAGGCAGAGCCCAGACUCUGUUAUAGGACAAGGCUUGGAUAAGUUCCUGGAGAAGACAUGUGAACUAGGCUAUGACAAGACAGGUGUGAUGUUCAUUGUGUUUGAUCACCUGUGUCAGCACAGUCUUAAAGGUGACACUGACAGACAGGUGGCCAUGAGGGUGGUGCCUCUCUUGGUGGAUGGCUGUUUUUCUGGUGCCAUGCAUAAGAAAGGAGAGAGGUUAUGGCUGGAUGUCUGUGCUUAUAUUGAGAGCCUUGGUGAUGGCUGUUCUGUCAAUCAGAUAAUGACAAGCAUGUCCAGAAAUGAUAUGUUCACACGCAUCAUCAUCCUCAAUUGGUUGUCUGAACUUCGUCCUGACGUGCCAGCUGACCUCAACUUUGCCUUGACCUUAAUCACCAGCCUGAGGGCCAAGUACCUUGACCUUGCUGCUCAAACAACAUACAAGCAGUUCUCAAACUCCCUGAGUCACAGACACAAGCACCGGAUGGUCCUUGUCUUCCUGCUGCUGGCUGACUUCAUCAAAGAGGAUACGUGUCAGGAUUACAUCGCUAAACUAUGGCACGCCCUGGAGAUAGAAUGUCAUCCGUCAGUCAGACAAAACCUGGAGUGGCUGGUCAUUCUGCUCAUCAGUCGCUUCCCACACAAUGUCUCCAGCGUUUGGGAUGUUUUUAAACUGUACGACAAUAAAAGAAGUGUGUGCCUUUGUUCACUGUUCCUUAUCAUUUCUCAUCUAGGACCUAAGCUACCUGCUAAUCUACAGAGUCAGUACUUCACCCAAGCCUUCUCAGCCACCCUGCCAUGGACAAUGGCCCACCAUUACAAUACAAGAAUCUUUGCCCAGACCACAGUAGUGAGACUGUGGGAACAGUGCCAGUCACUCCAACUGAAAGAUGUGAUCGCACAGUUCUUCAUGGUUGAGUCUUCCAUCAAUUUCAUUUUCAGCAAUGGAAAUGCCAGUGCAACUGUAUCUAAAUUACUAAGCAAUUAUAUGUAUGCUGCAUUUGAUGCUGUCAGAGAUUACAGUAUGGAGACAAUAUUUCACACCUUGCCUAGGCUGGCUUGUUUAGCUGAUGAUGAGUGGAUAUUGCCCAAGUAUUUUAUCCAGGGAAACAACUCAUGGGCUAAGGGAGAUAAUCAUUUGUUGCCACUGAAAAAUUCUUCUCCGCUCCUUGCUCAAUGUAAGGAAGGUCCAUGGAGAACAAAAGCCCAAGCUGAAAAUGAUGACGAUAUUGUUGAGUCAGCUGAUGGAGAUGUACAAAAGAAAAUCAUGCCCUGGCGCCAGAUGUCACCUGAUCAGGAAACUGAGGCUGAGCUGGUCAUGCAGAGGCAGAAACGUGCAGAAGGAGGUUUAGUCCUAGUCACCUCCCUUAUUGAUAAAAUACCUAAUUUGGGUGGUCUCUGCCGUACAAGUGAAAUAUUUGGAGUGUCUGAGUUUGUUAUUGGAAACUUGACGUAUGUAGAGGACAGGAUGUUCCAGAACUUGAGUGUCUCAGCCCAGAAGUGGAUCACCAUCACUGAGGUACUAAGACCAAGGCUGUCUGAGUUUCUGGAGGAGAAAAGAGUACAGGGUUACACUCUAGUGGGGGUGGAGCAGACAGCCAACAGUGUCUGUCUACAGGAGUACCAGUUCCCCAAGAAGACACUUUUACUGCUGGGCAAUGAGAGGGAAGGUAUACCAGUGGACAUCAUCCAGAACUUAGAUGUGUGUGUGGAGAUCCCACAGCAGGGGGUCAUAAGGUCACUUAAUGUCCAUGUGUGUGGGGCCCUGAUUGUGUGGGAGUACACCAGACAACACAUGAAGAACAUGAAAGCUUAAGAUGUCAGGGUUUCCCUUUGUACCUCAAUAUUUAUAUCUGGUGCAAGUUCAGGACACAAUUAUAUACCUUUUAUGUUAGGGAAAUCACUCACCCUAACUUAUACUCUAUACUGUAGAUCAUUGUUAGAAAAUAUAACCAAAGUCUACCAUAUAAUUAAAACCACAGUGCAUUAUUUUCUUGUUGCUCAUGAAAUUACAUAGUGCUUAUGAUGAAGCAUUCCUAAUGUUGUUUUACAGUAGUAUAGUCAUUGCUGGUGAUUAUUUGCAUUGCUACAAAGAGUUUACUCUUGAGAAUUGCGUCUACAGUGUCUCUAUUUUUGUAAUAUCCUUUAUCAAAUGACUUUACACUUUUGGAUGUUGUCUAUUUAAAAACAGAUCAAUGUAUACAACUGCUGACUUGUUCUAUCAGCUCAACUCACUGUCAACUUUCUCAUUGAAAAAAAUAUGUGAACAAAAUGUGUUUUUAAAUUUUAUGCAUCUACCUCAGUGUAACUAGAUUUAAUCAUUUAUUUAGAACCAGUCAGUUCCUAAAAAAUGGCAUAUUUCCAACAUCUAGUAAGUGCUUUCUAUUCAGUUUUUUAAACAGUUUUACCUCAAAUGCUUGUUAUUUUUUGCUAUCUGUAGUUCACUACUGAGGUCUAAUAGUUUCAAUACCCCAUGUCUUAAAAAGAAAACUUUGACUUAUCACCAUUGAAUCAUCCUUAAUGUUCCUUGCUUAAGCCUUAAACAACAUCAUGGUGAUACCUUGAAUUUUUUUUCUCUAAUUACUGAAACUUAAUGAAUGUAAAUUUUUGUAAUUAUUUAGACUAGAAGUUACUGUGGUGGGAACUAUGUAUAUAAUUUAAAUGAUUUUUUAUGAUGUCUAUAACACAUAGAGCUUUGUCAUGUUUUGUGCUUUAAAAGAUGUAUUAUAUGCCAGUCAUACACACCUGACAAUAACUUAGAAAGAUAUUUUUUAAAUAUAUAAUCCAAUUGAUUUACUGAAUGUAACAUAGAAUGUUCAAAUGAACCAUCAUGGACUGACAUAUAACAAGAAAACAAAAAAUAAAAUAAAAGAUUC